ACUAUUUGAGAAUGAUGAAAUAAUAAUGCGUCCACCGAAAUCAGCUAUAAAUUGGAGUUGCCGUUGUGUCACAGACAUACUCAAAGCUCCUCAUCUCUCUUUUAUCAAUUGUUUGUAGUUUGUACACAACAAGGCGUUGAUAUGUCGUCCACACUGGAACAGCUCCUGCCCGACCCCUCUGAACAGAUUCGCUAUGUGCAAUGUGGUCUUUGUAGCACCAUAUUGUUGGUAAAUGUGCCAUACAGCAACUUGUCGAUGGUGGUGAGCGUAAGAUGCGGCAACUGCACUGGCCUCCUCUCCGUCAACAUGGCCAAGCCCUCUUUUAUCCCUUUUGAUCUUCUCACUUCCCUCUCUCACAACUUGCCAAAGGAGCCUUUCCAAGACUUGAACGUCCAGAAACACUUGUGCUUGGACAACCUCAACAACACGUCCGACCUCCUAACCUCGUACCACAACAUUAUCCAAAAUCACGAAGACGAUGAUGACGAUGCCAUCAUCAUUCCACCCACUCCAGUUGUUAACAAGCCCCCGGAGAAGAAACAGCGAGCCCCGUCAGCUUAUAACCAAUUCAUCAAGGAGGAGAUUCGGAGGCUGAAAGCGGAGAACCCGGGAAUGGCGCAUAAGGAGGCAUUCAAGACAGCGGCAAAGAAUUGGGCUCAUCUCCCUCCAGUCAAUGGCGAAGGAGAUCACGUGGGGAGCGGGCGGAAGGGAAAGAGCUUAAUCAGCAAUUGAAUGGAUACCACUGAGAUUGAGAUUCAGAUUCAGAUGGGUCUCUGCCCUUUCCACCAAAACUAAUUCAAACCCCUCACUCAACAUGUCUUCAUAUCGUUAAAUUGUAAUGCUUCUAAUUUCAUUUCA